AUGGCUCCGAUUGCUGUUGGUGAUGUGAUUCCAAAUGGAAGUCUGGCAUACUUGGACGACCAAGAUCAGAUCCAACAGGUGUCCGUACACUCCCUUGCUGCCGGUAAAAAGGUCAUCCUCUUUGGUGUCCCUGGUGCCUUCACUCCUACUUGCAGCUUGAAGCAUGUACCAGGAUUUAUUGAAAAGGCAGAGGAGCUGAAAGCAAGGGGUGUAGAUGAAAUACAAUUGAUAAGUGUUAAUGACCCCUUUGUGAUGAAGGCAUGGGAAAAAACAUACACUGAGAACAAACACAUGAUCAAGUUCUUAGCUGAUGGCUCGGCAAAGUACACAUGCGCACUUGGCCUUGAGCUUGACGCUUCAAUGGGAGGUUUUGGUAUUCGUUCAAGAAGGUUUGCUCUCUUGCUCGAUGACCUCAGGGUGACGGUUGCAAAUAUUGAAUCCGGCGGUGAAUUCACUGCCUCCAGCGCCGAGGAAAUCCUUAAGGCCCUUUGA